GUGACUGAUCAGGAAAGAAACUUACUGCCAAGAAAAUGGCAUAAAAGAGUUGAGAGACACAAUAUAUUAAAAAACCAGUAGAAUAUAUACAUUUAAUAUAAUAUAAUGUUAUAUAUAUAUAUAUAUAGUAUAAAGCUUACGUUCCAAGUCUAAAGGGUCUUCACUUAGCCAGAAGUUGCAUAUGGUUAUGUAAAAAUUGACUCAUAUUUUGACAGGAAUGUCAGAUACAUACAGAUUAGUGGGCACUCAACAACUCUCUUUGUCUUAACAUACAAGCAUUUCACUAAGUUCUGAUUUUCUCUUUGUUUUAUCCUCAUAUUAUAUAUCUGUACCCUUUCUUUCCUUUGCUUCACCUUCACUCUUGUCUCUCUAAGUUAUAUUUUCAGUUUUUCUUUUGAACCAAUUGACUAAGCAUUUUUUUUUUUAUAAUACCAAGAACACAACUUUUUCCGUUUGUCUUCAUGCUUAUUAUAGAAUAAGUUGUUGUUUUCUUCUCAAAUCUAUGUGGGUAUUUUCCAAGAUCAAAUUUUUACGAGGUUUUAAGUUGUUUAAUUGAGUAAAUUCCAAAAUUUGAGGUGUUUUCUUUAUUUGGCUUUAAUGGAUGUUUCUUGUGAUCUUGAAGUGGAUGUCAAUGGUGAAGAAAUCUUUAUUGUUGAUAAGAAUGUUAUAUGUUCUUAUUCAGGAAGAAUAAAUAAAUUGUUUGGGAAAACAAAACGAGGGACGAAAUAUUUAAAGGUGAUAUUUCAUGAUUUCCCUGGUGGAGCUGAGAGUUUUGAGCUCAUUACAAGAUUCUGUUACAACAAAGGGAAGAUUGAGAUAAACCACAUUAAUGUUUCAACUCUAUAUUGUGCUGCCAGUUAUAUGGAAAUGGAGAAAUCUGUAUCAGGGAACCAAAAUCUAUUCGAGCUAACUGAGAAUUCGCUUGCGGAUAUAAGGUAUUGGACUUGGUCUGAGCUUCUUGAUUCCCUAAAACAAUGUCAAAAUUUGAUACCUGUAGCAAGUUCAUCAGUUGUAAUUGAUAAGUACCUCGAUUCUCUUAUUGGGAGAGUUGCAUCUUCCUGUGAAACCAGUCCUUGUCCGUCAACUUCUUCUGCUGACAGUUCUGGAUUUCGGUUGUCUUGUGAUUCAAAAAGUACAGAGAGCUUUAAAAAUAGCAUAUUUAGGGCAACGUGGUGGUUUGAGGAUUUAGCUGCUUUCGAGCCCUUUUUGAUUGAUAUAUUGGUAAAGCAAAUGGUAUCCAGAAACCUUGAUCAUGGUAUUCUUAGUAAGUUUUUGUUCUAUUACCAAAAAUCAAGAUUUGCAUCGGCCAAAACGAUGGAUAAGAAAAGCAAGACGAUGGAGACAGUUAUCGAGAUGCUUUAUUUGCUAGAUUUAAGCUGCAUUUCCUUCAAAACAUUAUUUGGAAUGCUUCGAGUUACACUGAAUUUGAAGAUAAGCAAGUGCUCGCGGAACAAGUUAGAGAGUAUGAUUGGCUCCCUGUUGGAUCAAGCGACUUUGGAUAACCUACUGCUCCCAUCACCGGUUGGAUCAAGUUAUUUAUAUGAUGUAAAUUUAGUUCUUAGGUUGUUGAAAUCAUUUAUCAGCAAAGGGGCAUGUUGUGUUCCGUUAACACGAUUGAAGAAAGUUGCUAGCUUGAUCGACUUGUAUAUAGCAGAAGUCACUCCUGAUCCAUGUCUAAAACCUUACAAGUUUCUUGCCCUGGUCAAAUCGCUGCCUGAAUCUGCUAGGGACUCAUAUGAUGCAAUCUACCACGCCACGGUUAUGUAUUUUGAGGUACAUUCAGGGUUAUGUGAAGAGGAAAAGAUGAAAGUAUGUAGUGGAUUGAACUAUGAGAAGCUGUCAACAGAGGCUUGUAACCAUCUUGCUCAGAACAAGAAAUUCCCUUCAAAAUCUGCUGGACAAGCUUUGAUCACACAACAAGAGAAGCUCAAAAGCUUACUUCAAGAAACCAAUCAAGCUACUCCUUACAUCAAUUCGCCUUGUAGUUUCGUGGAAACAGAAAAUACAGGUAAGGAAGAUCAGCAGAUCGUGCUAUACGCGGGGAAGCUGGAUCUUUCGACUGAGAAUGAGAAACUUAAAGUACAUUUACAAGGUAUGCAAUGUAGGGUGCUAGAAUUGGAAAAAGUUUGCAGGAAAAUGCAAAAUCAGAUGGCAAAAAUGUUGAAAUCAAGAGUAUCAAGCCAUAACAAUGCAAGAUCUUUACCUAGGCUAUGUUCUUGAUGGAAAUCAUAAAUCCCAUCAUUUUUAUUUAGUUAACUCAUAUUAUUUGUUACUCCUACUUCUUUUUUGAAUGUGUAUGUAAAUAGCAAAUGAAAAUAUUAGUGCUUUGUUUUGAAUAGCAAGUGUACUUUUACCCCACCACUUACUUUUUCUGGCUGUCAAUAGUAGGGGAGAUUGGGACUAA